AUGCCAAAAAUAAGGAAGAAAACAUCAAAGAGAACGGGAUUGUUCGAGCGUGCAAAGAUAAAGCAGAAAGCUAAAGAGACACGGAGGAAAAGGUCUAGGGAUGAAAGGAGGGAUCCGACAUGGAGAAAUAACAAGAAGAAGAAGGCUGAUCCAGGUAUACCGAACAGUUUACCCUUCAAGGAAGAAGUUUUGGCGGAAAUUGAAGAGAAACGUACAAAUGCUCUUGAAGCAAGAGAAGCUGCAAAGGCCGCUAAAGCUGCUGGUGAAGACGUAGAAUUGAGCGAGAGCGAUGAGGAAGAUGAAGUGGGCGACGAUGUGGACGAUGACCACCCAGACUCAAUCCCUCAACUCAUCGACUCAUCAAUCACCACAGAAGCACCAAGCAACUUUGGUGAAAGCGUUGAUGCAGCGGAUGUCAUUCUUCAAGUACUCGACGCUAGAGACCCACAAGGAUUCAGAGUUGAAGCGUUGGAGAAGCUUUCAAAGCAGAAGAAAGUAGUCGUUAUUCUCAAUAAAGUUGAUUUGGUUCCGAAAGAGACUGUUAGAAGUUGGUUCAACACUCUCAACAGCCUCCUUCCUACCAUUGUUUUCGCUUCUUCUGCUCAUAUUAAUCCAAUUGAAGGCUUAGAAGGGUGUCUUACAGCAGAUACUGGCGUUGAUGCACUCAAAAACCUACUUAGCUCAUACUCAAAGGAUAAGAAGGGCAAAAACCCUCUCAAAGUUCUCGUCGCUGGAUUGCCAAACGUUGGAAAAUCUGCACUCUUAAACACUCUGAUUAAGCAACCAUACUUUAAGACAGCUUCAGUUUCAACAAACUCCUUAAUCGGCGCUAAGAACCCAACGACGACAACGACAUCCAUCUCUGCUGUCAAUGUCGAUGGCAUUGUCUACAUUGAUUCACCUGGUUUAUACUUUAUUGGUCAAUCUGGGCAUUACGCUGCAGAUAUCCUCAGAAGGAACCUCGGCAGACCUGAUAAAGUUAGAGAACCUCAACUUUUAGCAGACUGGAUAUUAAACAGAUCAAAUGAGGAAGAUUUGAUGAUGUUCUUCAAAUUGCCUGCAUUUGCUUCAGGCGAUUAUGAAGCUUUCUUUAAAUCAUUCGCCAAUGUCGUAGGUCGUGUGAAGAAGAGGGGUGUUUUGGAUGUUAAUGGUGCUAUGAGGGACUUUAUUCUCAAGUACGUCAAGUAUGAUAUGCCUUACUACACUGUUGCACCUGCAAAUGACAAGCAGGAGAAGCAGAAGAAGGUGAAACAGAUCAAAGGUGUCACUGAUGUCGUUGCUCGGGAUAUCGAUCGACUGCCUUCGAGAAAGCCAAUGAGGAAGGCCAGAGGAGAGGUCAGACUCGUGGCUGCUCCUUCCGAUGCUACAAUCGAGAGCCGCGAAUAUGUCCCUACUGUUGGUGGUCCCGUCGAAGAAGAGAGUGAAGAAGAGCAAGCCGAAGACGAUGAGGAUGAUGAAGAGGAGGACGACGACGAAGAUGAGGAUAAUCAGGAUAUCGAUGUACUUGGCGCUGUUGAGGAUAUGGAAGAACAUGACAUGACUCCCGACGCCAACAUUGAACCAGAAGCUCCAUCUUCACCUCCACCGAAACACUCUAAGAAGAGGAAGGAGAGAGCACCCAAGGUGAAGUUUGCCAAGGAAGUGGAGACUUCGGAUGCACCAAAGUCUAACAACAAGGCCACUGUCAGCAAAAUUAAGACGAACAAGGAAAUUGAGAAGCCAAAGCCAGCCAAGAAGGCAAAGGUUGAAGAAGGUGUAUCAGCCAAGCAAGGACUCAAAGGGAAGAAGUCGGACAAGGUGGAAGGAGAAGCAUUCGACUUUAACGAGUUCUUCUGA